UUCCUCUCUCUUAUUAUUGGCCUCUGUUCGUCUUAAGUUUUCUUUUGCAACAAUAUUUGUUCAUACUUCACACCAGUAUCACUGCUGCAAGACCAACAUUCUCAUUUAACAAAGUCACAAGCAACCGUAACUCCUCCCUUCUUCCACCUCAAAGAACAUGGAGAUGGCGGCCUCUGAGCAGAUGAAUUCGGAAUUGGAGCUUCUUCUAUCGCCACGAGAAUUGGAGAAUUUGGAGCCUUUAAGGCUACUAGAUUUGAGGGAAAACUACAUGCCACCAGAAUUGGAGCAUCAUCUAUUGCGACCAGAAUUGGAGAAUUUGCGGAAUUUGGAAUUUAAGCCUCUAUUGCCACCAGAAGUGGUGAGAAACGACAUGCCGUCCAAGUCAUGGGGGAUAAAUCUGGAAAAGUUCCCUCCAUUGCCUGAAAGAAGGGAUGCUGAACAUGGCUCCUUCACUCUGCGACGGCUUCUUCCUACCCCAAGGAAACGACGCAAGGUCAAUGAUUACUACAAGAAACAAAAAAGGCUACUUGAAGGGUAUACUGAGGUGGAGACCAUGAUUGAAACAGGUUGUGCUUCUGGAAAUCCAGCAGAGGAUGAGAUGAAGCAGCGUGAGAGGAUGGCUAUCCUUGUAACAAACAUAGCUGACAUCGUGCUCUUUGCAUUAAAGGUUUUUGCUUCUAUUGAGAGCAAAUCAUUGUCAAUUAUUGCCUCAAUCUUGGAUCCAUUCUUCGAUCUCUUGUGGGGAUUUAUAUUGUGGCUUACGUCUCAUGCUAUGCAAAACCCAAGCCCGCAUAAGUAUCCCAUUGGAAAGAAACGGAUGCAGCCAGUGGGAAUGAUUGUUUUUGGUUCUUUUGGAUUACAAUUACUGCUUCUGGCAGCUAAACAAUUCAUUACAAAGUCCGAGCCUGAAAAGGAUCCUCAGAAGGAGAAAUGGAUGAUUGGAGUAAUGACCUUUGUAAUUAUGGUGCAGUUUAUGCUCGCAUUCUAUUGUCGAAGAUUUGAAAAUAAAAUUGUUAGAGCCUAUGCAGAACAUCAUUCUUCCAGCGUUAAAACUAAUUUAAUUAGUUUGGCAGCAGCUGUCCUGGCUAUUCGAUAUUAUUGGUGGAUUGAUCCUACUGGAGCUAUUAUAAUAUUAUUAUAUACAAUGAAUACAUGGAAGAAGACGUUCUUUGAGAAUUUAUCUGCACUAAUUGGAAGGACAGCACCACCUGAAUUUUUGGCAAAGCUAACAUAUCUGAUAUGGAACCACCAUAAAGAUAUCAAGCACAUUGACACAGUAAGAGCAUACACAUUUGGUUCUGAUCAAUAUUUUGUGGAGGUUGACAUAGUUUUGCCACAAUACAUGGUUCUAAGCAAAGCGCAUGAUAUUGGUGAGACAUUGCAAGUGAAGCUGGAGCAACUGCCUGAAGUUGAGAGAGCUUUUGUGCAUACGGAUUAUGAGUAUACUCACAAGCCUGAACACAUGACCACGGUUUGAUGACAAUUGUAAUGAUCAGAGCUUAGCCUUGCUAGAGCAUAACUUCAAAUGAGUUGCUGAUUUAAUUAAUAUGUGGUGCAAUAUUUUAUUGUAAUGACAAGUAUACAAUUUACCAUCUGAUGGCUUAACUCCACUAAUCAUGAAGUAUCCCUCUUAUCUAUUUA